UACUGGAGUCUGAUGACAUACAACACGCCACAGCCCUGCCUCGGAGCCGCACAGCGCACACAGCCAUGGGGAAGACAGGUGGAAGAGGCGACUUUGAAUGGGUCUACACAGACCAACCGCACACUUCACGCAGAAAAGAAAUACUGGCUAAAUACCCCCAGAUCAAGUCCCUGAUGGGCCCAGACCCCCAGCUGAAGUGGGUGGUCUCUGGGAUGGUCCUGACACAGCUUCUCGCCUGUUACCUGGUCCAAGACCUGUCAUGGAAGUGGAUCUUCUUUUGGGCCUAUGCCUUUGGGGGCUGUAUUAACCAUUCACUCACACUAGCCAUUCAUGACAUCUCUCACAAUGUGGCCUUUGGAAACAAAUUGGCCAAAUGGAACCGCUGGUUUGCCAUGUGGGCCAACCUUCCCAUUGGAGUGCCUUACUCUGCUUCGUUUAAGAAAUACCACGUUGAUCACCACCGCUACCUGGGAGGGGACCAGUUGGAUGUGGACAUCCCCACAGACUUUGAGGGAUGGUUCUUCUGCACACCGGCCCGGAAGCUGCUCUGGCUUUUCCUGCAGCCCCUCUUCUACAGCCUGCGCCCUUUGGUGGUCAACCCAAAACCAGUCGGUCACCUAGAGGUCCAAAAUGCAGUUGUUCAACUCACAGCAGACUUAAUAAUUUUCUACUUUUGGGGCAUUAAGCCCAUUGUUUACCUCAUAGCAGGCUCCAUCCUAUGCAUGGGAAUACAUCCCAUCUCUGGACAUUUCAUUGCGGAGCAUUAUAUGUUUCUAAAAGGACAUGAAACCUAUUCUUACUAUGGACCACUUAAUCUGAUUACUUUCAAUGUGGGGUACCAUAUGGAGCACCACGACUUCCCAAGCAUACCUGGCAGCAAACUACCUCAGGUAAAGCAGAUAGCAUCAGAAUACUACGACAGUUUGCCCCAGCACACGUCCUGGACCAGGGUGCUGUGGGACUUUGUGUUUGAUGACAGCAUUGGGCCGUACGCGCGGAUCAAACGGCAGUAUAAACUCAGUCAGCAGGGAAAGAGCAUGGACUGACUCAGGAAAAGUCCUUCUGUUGUGUUCAAGACUAUAUAAAAUUAUUUAUCUGAAACUGAAAUGCAUGUUUCAACACAUUCAAAAUAAUAGCCUUGAUUGCAGCUUGACUACAAAUUUGUUGUUGUCUCCAUGGUAGUAAAACAAGUAACCAUGUCAAGGCAAUGCCAAAACUUGGAAAAAAUAAAUAAAUCAUACUCCAAACAUAGAUGUCAUGUCAUUAGAUCAUUCAGCUUUUGCAAAUGCCCACUCAUUAUCUAAUGUAAUUUCACAUGACUUGUAUAGAACUAAACAGAAGUAAAGAUGGAAAUGAGCUUUGAAACUUACCUUUAGUAAGAGGAGCUUUUCCUCUAGAAAUGACCAUCUGUCAGUCAACCUGCACAUAUUUGCCUCAACUCAGAUGUUAUUGUGGCUGAAAUCUGUCUUAUAUUUACGUUUUACAUUUACGUAUGUAAAUGCAACAUAUUGUUUGGUUAUUUUUUAUUUUUUCAGAAUUGUAUUUAUCAGGAUCUUUAUAUAUAAAAAAAAAUGCAUUUUAA